AUGGCGGGCUUCAGCACGCCCAAUGCCAGGUCUCAGCAGCCCGCAAAGCAGAUGUCGUCGCGGCUGCUGAAUAUGAAGUUCAUGCAAAGAUCUGCUGCAUCCACUCCCACCGCAGGUACCACCCAAACACCAUCCACCGAACCAGCCUCCAAGCGUCGACGGAUCGAAAGCAGUACGGCAUCAUCUCCCGCGCCAUCGGCUCCGGCCACCCCAUCUAGCACGCCGAGUGCUACCAACGCAACACAUGCCGGUGCCGUUACUGUCACAAGAGGAGGGAUCAGCACAUUCAGUCGCGGAGAUGGAGCAGAUACAGAAUGGGUCCUGGAUCUGAAAAUGGCGUUCCCUGGCGGUGCAAAUUCCAAAUCAAAUGGCCAGGUAACAGCGCAAUCUAAUGGAGCCACCGGAUCAAGAUUCUCGUCUAUUCACGGACUAAACGGCGAAGACUCGGACGAAGAAGACAUCGAGGGCGGGGACGAAGACGAAGAUAUCUGGGCAAAUCAACCUUGUGGCAGACAGACAUAUGGAUCUUUCAAACAGAAAGGCAAACCGAGGACCACGCAUGCGACCCCCUCUGAGCACAAUGACGCCGAUCUGAGUUCUGCGUCAGAAGACUCCGAUGGCGACUCGGAAGCGGAUCCUGCAGACCACGACCAUUCGCAUCGCCGAACCCCUUCACGAAAACGGCCAAAGAAGGCCUCGAAGAACGUGGAUUCAGACGAAGAGAUGCGCCAGGUCCGAAGAGCCAUCGAACAGAAGCAUAGAAACAUGGCAGGCACCCCGAUAACAGCUGGCGGAAGGGGCCAAAAGCGAGGACGAGAAGAUGGGAACUACAAGAGUCGGAAAAAGUCGAGGAAGACGAUCUGA